GCCUUUUGCGGAUUGGUAGCCGCAUGUGGCCACGCCUAUUGUGGGUGCGGUCACACGAUGAUGGAGAGAGUAAUAAUGGCGGCGCCCGGGGAUAUUGCAUCUGGGGAUGUUUCGACAGCAGUAAAUCUGCUGAACACUCUACAAGAUCAGGUAACCAGUGUCACAGCACUUGUGCAGAGCCUAACACAAAAGGUUCGCAGUGGAAUAUAUCCUACAGAUAAGGGUCUAAGUUUUCUGGAGUUAAAAGAUCAGCUGCUUGUGCUAUAUCUACAGGAUCUGACACAUGUCAUCUUGGAGAAGACCUGUGGGAAAUCUCUGCAGGGUAAUCAAGCAAUCCUGAGACUGGUGGAGAUACGCACAGUUUUAGAGAAGAUGCGUCCUAUUGAUCAAAAGUUGAAGUAUCAAAUUGAUAAACUGGUGAGAGCAGCGGUGACUGGGAGCCUAUCAGAGAAUGAUCCUCUGAGUUUCAAACCCAAUCCCCAGAACUUGAUGAGUAAGCUUGACGAGUCUGGUGAAGAAGAGUCUGAUGAUGAUGGAGAUGGUGAAAGUGGUACGGUAAAGAAAUCUGAAGGGAGAUUCAAAAAAUAUAUUCCACCCCGUCUUGUACCAGUACACUAUGAUGAGACAGAGGCAGAUCGAGAACGCAGAGUUCUAGAACGUGCUAAAAAGAGAGCUCUUAGUAGCUCUGUAAUCCGGGAGUUGAAGGAGCAGUACACAGAUGCACCAGAGGAAAUUCGGGAAGGGCGAGCAUAUCAUAUGAUGCAACAUGGAAAAGAGGAGCAACAUAGGAUUAACUAUGAGGAGUCCAUGAUGGUACGUCUAAAUAUGACACGCCAGGAGAAAGUACGCAAGAAGCGAGCUCUCGCUAUGACAUCACAGCUCAACUCACUAACACAUUUCACUGAUAUCAGUGCCCUUACUGGAGGCGAUGCGAGAUCAGAGGAACAUAUCCCUUCAAAUAAGAAAUCUAAAAAAGGCACAAAGAAAGGAAAGAAAAAACAGAGAGGAUUCAAGAGAAGACACUGAUUAUUUUUUUUUUGUGUGUGUGCGCAAAGCUGAUCUUCAACUGGAGCAGAAUUCUUUAUAUUCUCCUGUUCAAGUGCAGCCAAGCUUGGCUUUAAUCUUUCAUUUAGAGUGGUAUCACCUUGCACUUGACACAGAAUCCUAUUCUUAUGAGAUCUCAUCUUCUGCAGGGUUACCCCAUACAGACAUUGUUUCCUUAGACAAAACUACAUCUGACUGUCUUUUCAUAUAGAGCCCCCUUCACAUUUAGCUGGUGUAGAGCCCAGCCUAAAGUGGCAACGGAAAAUUAACUCUACUAUCCUCUGUAUGACAGCAUUCAAUGUUUACAAAAAGCAAUGCUGCACUUGAAUUAAAAUGUUUGCCUUGACAUGUGUGGUGUUGGAUGAGUGAAAUGUUAGCCCAGUUUGUGGCUGUAAUGACUGCUGUAUGCAGGAAUAGCAGAUACCAGUAUGGCAUAGAAGAAAAAAGGUGUAGCUUUGCAUGUCCAGAGAUUAAAAAGAUGCAACACUUAAAUGCAUUUAUAAAAAAAAAAAAACUAAAUGCUAAAUAAUUUGUAUUUGUUCAAAACAAGUGUAUCAAACAGAUUAAAGUGAAGGUUAAACUUUUACAUGUUUUAAAAUCAAGUCCAGAAUCUAAGCAAUAUUUUACAGGGACUUUAGUUGAUCACUUUUAAUGAAGAUGAGCUGUAACUUUCUAACAUCCUGCGCUCCGGCUGCCCACUUCAAAACUCAUUUAUUGUAAACUAACGGUUUGAACUGUUCUCCAAUUGGCGCUCUAACGUAUGGCGAAAGUGCAUAUUGGAGAACAGUUCAGUUAGCUCAGAAAAAAUAUGCGUUUUGAAGUGGGCAGCCUGAGCGUGGGGUAUUAGAAUGGCACGGCUACAUUAAAUAGUAAGUUAUGGCGCAUCUUCAUUAGAAGUGAUCAAUUAAAGUCCCUCUAAAAUAUUGCUUAGAUUACAGAUUUGAUUUUAAAACAUGUAAAGUUUACCAUUACUUUAAGUCCACAAAGAAAACUGGAAUGAUACAGUUAUAGAAAGAAUGAAAACUGGGUGUUGUAAAUGGGGAGAUGUAGUAAUGUUGCUUUGCAGUCUGGUCCUUUUUGAUGGACUACCCUUUGUAACUUUGUACAUUCCAGUGCUUGUGGUCAUUCACAUACUACUUUAGAAGGAAAUACUCCAGCAAGACAAAUGAAGUUUUAGCUUGACUUAGCUGUUUUAUUAUUACUGAUUGUGUUCAAUAUUCAAGCAUUGAUUUCUUCCGGCAUUGCAUGCCAAGGAGAAUGUGUGAAUAGUGUUCCAGCUGACAUGUUAGGGAUGCAUCUUGGAAUGUGUCAGUUAAGAGUGAGGCUGGAAAUAGUGGGUUUGUAAUGCUGAGGUUUUACAUUCAUCUUUCUCUGCUAGACCAGUAUGUCCCAUGAGUCUAUUACUCCAGAUGAUCAAUAGCAUAAAUUAAUCUACAUACUUGUUUUACAAAUAAAAUCUACUUAUCUGUGUCACUA